AUGGUCGAGGAAAAUCCAACUGAAAUUAAUGUACUUAGUGAGGAUGGUUUGAACACGAGGCCGCCACAGUCUGAGAUUAAAGAAGAUGAGACUGACCAUCCUGCAAGAAAUGACUCUGGAAGAUUAAAAAACAGAAGGAACAUGUACAGUAUCAUCGGGGUCUUUCUAAUUAUCAUCAUUGCUAUUUGUAUUGGAGCAAUUGUCCGUCUGUUUCAGAGAUGUAGUGCGUGUGCCUUUCAUCAGAACACAGGUGUAGCUUCAGAUGCAGAACCUUGUUCUAAAAUUGGCAGGGACAUGAUGAAGUGGAAUGGCUCAGGGGUGGAUGCAGCUAUCGCAGCGCUGCUCUGCAUUGGGUUGGUGAAUGCACACAGUAUGGGCAUUGGAGGAGGUCUAAUCUUUACUAUCUACAAUGCACCAACAGGACACGUUGAAGUGAUUAAUUCAAGAGAAGUGGCUCCAGCACAGGAAAUUACCCAAAGCUUGGAGACAGGAGGGCCGUCAAUUGCAGUUCCAGGUGAAAUCAGAGGAUAUGCACUUGCCCACCAAUGGCAUGGUCGGUUACCAUGGAAACUGCUGUUUGAGCCAUCCAUCAAGCUCGCAAGAAAGGGUUUUCCGGUUGGUAAGAGUCUUGCCAUCGCUCUUGAAGCAAAUAAAGUGCAAAUCGAAGCGAGUGCUUCAUUAUGUGAUGUCUUCUGCAAGAAAAACAGCAACCAAAUUUUAAGUGAGAAUGACAUAAUAUAUUUUCCACAGUUAGCGAAUACACUGCAAAUGAUAGCAGACUUAGGACCAAAUGCAUUCUAUGAUGGGCCCGUUGCAGAGGAUAUUGUUAAUUAUGUCAGUCAAUCAGGUGGACAAAUUUCUCAUUAUGAUCUGAAACAGUAUAAAGCAAACAAGGAGAUGCCAUUAAAUGUGACUGUUGAUGGUUAUACACUAUACGUUCCAGGUGCCCCAUCUGGAGGACCAGUGCUUGCACUCAUUCUGAAAAUUCUUGAAGGGUAUAACUUUUCCCGAGAAAGUAUUUCUACUCGGGAAAAGAAAGUUUUAACAUACCAUAGAAUUAUUGAAGCCUUCAAAUUUGCGUUUGCGGAAAGAAGCAAGUUGGAAUAUCCAACAUCUAGUGACCAUACAAAGGUCAAUGAAAUGAUCUCAAAAGCAAGUGAUAUUAGAGGAAAGAUCAGUGACAGUCACACCAAUGAGAAUAUUGAUUAUUAUGGGAUAAAGUGUUUUUUACCCGGCCAGGGUGGAACAUCUCACCUAUCUGUUGUAGCACAAGAUGGCAGUGCAGUGUCUGUCACCAGCACUAUUAAUGGUCGUUUUGGAUCAUUUGUACGUUCGAAUGUGACUGGGAUAAUAUUUAACAAUCAGAUGGCAGACUUUUCACAAUAUGAAGAUAACAAGAGUCUACCACCAUGUUCUCAAAAUUAUGUGCAACCUGGCAGAAGACCUUUCUCUGCUAUGUCUCCUGCCAUUAUACUUGACAAAGAUAAAAAGGUGAAAAUGGUGGUUGGAGCUUCGGGUAGCGCCCGGAUUAUCACAGCUACUGCUUUGGUUAUAAUCAAUGUCCUUUGGUUUGGCGAUGAUGCUUGUGAGGCAGUGAACAAGCCAAGGAUUCAUCACCAAUUAAUACCAAAUUUUGUGCAGUUUGAGUCUGAGGAUCUGGCAUCAAAUGAAGCAGAGCUUCGCUUGUUCCGUAAGGAAAUAGAAGAUGCUCUAAAGAAGAAAAUCCAUGUGAGUGGUUUUGCCGAUAUGCCCUCAGUGGUGCAGGCAAUUGUACGAGAGGGGAAUCUGUGGCACGCUGUUUCAGACACCAAGCGUAAAGGUGGUUGUCCUGCAGGCUACUGA